AUGCCUCGUUUCAUGCAAGUAGACGUCUUCACGGCGCAGAAAUAUAUGGGCAACCCUGUGGCUGUGUUCUUCGACGCUGAGAAUCUCACCACCGAAGAAAUGAAGCGCAUGUCGACGUGGACAAAUUUAUCGGAAGCAACCUUUGUUCAUAAGCCAACGGUCGAAGGCGCGGACUACAAAGUCAGAAUUUUCUCAUUGGAUGAGGAAUUGCCAUUCGCUGGACAUCCUACUCUUGGGACGUGCCAUGCCCUAGUAGAGUCAGGAGUCGUCACUCCAAAAGACGGCAAGAUUUAUCAGCAGUGUGACGCGGGACUUGUGGAAAUCUCUGUAAAAGAUGGCAAGUACUCGUUUAAAUUGCCAUAUGCUAAGCGUCAAGAGCUCUCUGUAGAGAGUCAAAAUGAAGUGGAGAAGGCAUUGAAAGGCCCAGCUAUAUUGAAUCUGGCCAUCUAUGACGUGGGGCCUGUUUGGCUUACAGCUGAGUUGGCCUCUGGUGCGGAUGUUGUGUCUCUCAAGCCAGACUCCCAAGAUCUUUCUGUAGUGAGCAAGAAACUCGGAGUAUGUGGAGUUCAGGUGAUUGGUCCAUGCGCAGAAGAGGCUUCCUACCAGGUGAGAACAUUUGCUCCUGCAAUUGGUCUUGUAGAGGAUCCAGCUUGUGGUUCGGGCGCUGGCGCCACGGGUGCUCACCUUCGUGAAUUCCAUGGCAAGGCCGGAGGGUUCAGCUUAAGUCAAGGUAUUUCUAUUGGCCGAGAUGCAAAAAUAGAUCUCCAUAUUGCUGAAAAGAUAUCUGUCGGCGGUAAUGCUGUCACUGUCAUCGAGGGUACAUACUAG